GUUCUGGGAGUCAGACUGACUGAUUAACUCUCCUCUUCUCUUCUCUUCUCUGAUCAUCAGCACACUGCAGUAAUGCCAAUUUGUGGAGGCUGGACCGACAUUAGACUGUUCGAUCCAGAGAUGAAAAAGAUUUGUUCUGAGCUGAGGCCAGAGAUAGAGAAGACUGUUGGAACUGAUUUUAAGAUUUUCAUUCCUGUGGUCUGGUCUUCUCAGGUUGUGGAGGGAAUAAAUUACAUGUUCAAGGUGCUGGUUGAUGCAGAUAGGGAUGGAGAGUGUGUUCACGCGAUGAUAUUUCAGGCUCUUCCCUGUGAUGGAGGCGGACUGAGUGUGACUGAAAUCCAGUACCCCAAAUCCGUUGAUGACCCACUGACCCCUGUACACUUACAGAAAUAGUCUUGAUUUAAUAACAGACACAUGCAAUGAACUGCCAUACUGUAUAGAGGAACAUCUGAAACCAUUUCAUUCCUCAAUAUUAAACUCCAUAAUCAAA